AUGGCCUCGUCGUUCGCCUCCCGCCGCGCCUUCGGCCUCGGCGCCGGUCUCGUCGGCCUCACCGGUCUCUCGGCCGCCCUUUCGCCCGCAUCGGCCAACGAGCCGUCGCGCCGCGUCGCGCCCAUCCCGUGCGAAGACGGCUCGACCGUCGUGCCCUACGAGCCGCCGACGCGCGCCGCGCAGCUCGCGCGCCUGCAGACCGACCAGUUCGACGUGCUGAUCAUCGGCGCCGGCGCGACGGGCACUGGCUGCGCGCUCGACGCCGCCACGCGCGGCCUCAACACCGCUGUCGUCGACGCCAGCGACUUUGCGGCCGGCACGUCGGGUCGCUCGACGAAGCUCAUCCACGGCGGUAUCCGGUAUUUAGAAACGGCGUUUCUAAAGUGCGACUACGCCGCUUUUCAGCUCGUGACCGAAGCACUGGCCGAGCGCGCGCUGUUCCUCGCGGCGGCGCCGUACAUGAACCGACCGCUGCCCAUUAUGAUUCCCAUCUACAAGUGGUGGGAAGUGCCGUAUCUGUGGGCGGGCGCCAAGGCCUACGACGUGGUCGCGGGCGCGCAGCGCUUUGUGCCGCGCAGCUAUUACAUUAGCGCCGACGAAGCCAUGUUCCAGUUCCCGAUGCUCCGGCGCGACGGCCUCAAGGGCGCGAUCGUGUACUACGACGGGCAGAUGAACGACACGCGCAUGAACGUGGCGCUCGCGCUCACGGCCACGCAGAACGGCGCGACGGUCGCCAACUACGUGCGCGUGACGGAGCUGCGCAAAGACGACGACGGCAAAGUGUGCGGCGCGCGCGUGCGCGAUGCGCUGACAGGCCACGAGUGGACUGUGCGGGCGCGCGCCGUCGUGAACGCCACGGGGCCGUUCACGGACGCGAUCCGGCAGAUGGACGACCCGACAAAGGCUGCGAUCUGUGUCCCGGCCGCGGGUGUGCACGCGGUGCUGCCCGACCACUUUAGCCCCAAUCGCAUGGGCCUCAUCGUGCCCAAGACCAGUGACGGCCGCGUGCUGUUCUUUUUGCCGUGGGAGAACGGAACGCUCGCGGGCACAACGGACUCGCAGUCGGACAUUACGAUGCUGCCCACGCCCACGAAGGCCGAAGUGGACUUUAUCAUUGACGAAGCCAACCGGUACUUGGCCAAGGACGUGACCCGCAGCGACGUGAAAGCUGCGUGGUCGGGCAUCCGUCCGCUCGUGAAGGACCCGCGGCACGCGGACGGCGCGACGUCCAAGAUCUCGCGCGAGCACGUGGUCGAAGUGGCCGAGUCCAACUUGGUGACGAUUGCGGGCGGCAAGUGGACGACGUACCGCCGCAUGGCGCAGGACGCCAUUGACAAGUUGGUGGAGACUGUCCCAGAGCUCCGGACCAAGGCACUGCCGUGCCAGACAAAGACCGUGGGCAUCAUUGGCGCCGACCGCGUGGGCGAAGUGUGCAACAAGAAGUUCGACAAGAUCACGGUCACGCUGCGCGAGAAGUACGACCUCGACAAGGACAUUGCCGAGCACCUCAUGCGGAACUACGGCACGCGUGCGCUGCAGGUGGCUGCGAUCGAGCAGGCCGGUUUCCUGGACCGCAAGCCGAGCGACCACCCGCGCCGCUUGCACCCAAAGUACCCGUACUUGGAAGCCGAGGUCGUGUUUGCUGUGCAACAGGAAUAUGCGCUGAAAGCGACUGAUAUUCUCGGCCGGCGCAUGCGGCUCGCUUUCAUUGACAGUGGGGUAGGCAAGGAGCUGAUGCCGCGCGUGGUGUAUAUGAUGGGGCAGCUGCUCGGCUGGUCGAAGGCCCGUCACGAGCAGGAGCUGGCAGAGUGCAAGGAGUACCUGGAGACGAUGCACAACUAG